AUGGCAUAUACUUAUAGUAAUAAACUUUAAAAAUUAGGACGGUCGCUGCAAACGCCUCGCCAAAGUGGCUGUUGGUGAAGAAUGAGCACACAAAUGGCCCGCCGGCAAUUCAGCGCACAAAGGCAACAGGCCUUAAAUAGACAACAAUUCAUCUCAAGGCGGCCGUUAAUAACGUGUUCAACUUCGGCGGCAGGGACUCCCAGCACAGCUUCCGUUGGCGACAUCACAAGCGUCUACACCAGUCAAGCAUACUCCCACAAGCGAGCAGUAGGACCCGUACAGCUGGAAAUUGUACCAGGCAAGGGCCUCGGCUGGCGUGCAUCUCGUGACGUCGCAACCGGUGAGCUGCUGCUAGCGUCGCUGCCACUGGUCGUGAUGUACGGCAGUCCAGGCGAGCCGCCCUCCAAUGAUGAUCUGUUAAUGGCAGUACGGCAAUCGUACCCGCGAUUAACCAAGUUGGAGCGACGCUGGCUGGGGCUGUUAUGUGACUGUUGCGCCACCACCGCCCCAAGCACCCAACAUGGUACGACAGCACCUGCAGCAGCGGCGGUGCCACCGCCAGCGGCGGCAGCAGCAGCGUCGACGGCGGCGUCUGCGGUCUGUACGACAGAGGGGCUGCUAGCUCAGGCAAGAGCACUGCUGGCGGAAACGGCGGCAGGGGUGGCGGAGAGGGACGUUACGUCGUCGUCAGCAGGCGCUGAGGCCAGCGGAGGCAGCAACGCUGACAGCAACCCUGCCGCUGGCGCCGCCGUCGACGCCCCCUCGGCUGACGGCCUAGCACCCCUAACACCGCUACUCCCGCUUCUGAUCCAGCGGUACAGCUACUGCGAACCGCGGGAAGACCCGGCUGUAGCCGAGCUGCAACAGCUUCCGCCGGAGGCAGCCAUGAGCCCAGCAGGGCUGUGGCCUGAGGCCGCGUUGCUUAACCACAGCUGCUGCCCCAAUGCCUCAGUGCUGCUGGUGGGAGGCGCCAUGUAUGUGCGGGCGGGCAGGGCGCUGCUGCAGGGAGAGGAGGUGACGGUGUCGUACCUGGGAGGGAAAGGUCUCUUCCAGGACGUGGCUGAACGGCGGCGGCAGUUGCGGGGCAGCCACGGCUUCAUCUGCUGCUGCCCUCGCUGUAUCAUGGAACACGAACACUUCCCCACCCGCCGCUACCCGGAACUAUUGGAGCAGCAGAAGCAACAGCAGCAGAAGCAACGCACGAGGAACAGUAGCAGCAGCAACAGCAGCAGCGGCGGCGGCGGCGGCGACGGCGGCGACAGCAACCAGGGUAUAGAUGAUUCCUUGCUUGCUUCAGCGCUCAUGAGCCGACGGGGCGCAGGCGUCAACAGCACUGCUGCUGCUGCUGCUGGUGGCGGUGGCGGUGGUGGCGCUAGAGCAAAGGGGCCGCUGCAGGCGGUGCUGGAUGCGGUUUUCGGGCCCGGUCGUUUCCGUACCACGGGGCUGGCGCCAGAUCACCGAGUGCUGGCGACAGCCAAUGCGGUGCUGGCGGCUGAGUGGGAGGCGGCGGCGCAUUCGGCGCUGACGGCGGCGACGGCGCCGCGACGGCAGCAGGCGGAAUUGCUUGAUAAGCUGGAAGGAGCGCUGGGGGCGGUUGAGAGCGCGUGCUCCUACCUAGAUCUGCCGCCCAAGGGUCGGCUUAUGGUGUUCGCAUCAGUGUACGGCGUCGUAAGGCUGACGUGUGAUCUUGCGGAGCUGCUAGCCAUGACUACGAGUACGACGAGUACGGCAACGGGGGCGACGGUUAGAGGUAACGGUAUCAACGGUUUUGAAGCGCGUGGUCUAGUGGAUCCGAAGUCGGAUGCAGCAGCGGCAGCAGCAGCGGCAGUGGCAGCGAUAGGAGGAGGGAAAGUAGGGGCAUCAAUGGUUUCGGAGCGAAGGCUACAGCUGCUACAGCUGGCGGCAGCGGUGACGGAGUCCGUGGCUCCUGGCAGUGAUGCUCACGUGACGGCAGCGGUCAAGGUAAAUGACAACAAAUUAGUUUUUACCUUUUUACCUUAAUGCUGCACAUGUGCGCAUUCCACUGAACUCUGGUGGUCCUAGAGAACUACUGGCAUCGCAUGGACGUGUGCAGAGCACGGUUUGCAGUACACCUGUACGACAGCAUACUUACCGUUGAGUCAGGCAGUUGUUACCGCGCUUUGUCGUUCAACACCACUCCCCGCUCAUGUAGUCGCGUGACAACCCUUUUACCCAAAGGCGGCAGGCGUGGCUCGACGCGUGUACGGCUCGCAACAUCCGGAGGCGCGACGAGCGGAACUGGCGGCGGCGACAGCCCAC